GGCAACUAGAGCCGCGUACUUUUCCCCGUCGGAAGCACAAAUCCUCAUGGAGGCAUACGAGGAGGUAAAAGAUAUAAUUAAGAAGAAAGGCAACACCGCCACAGUGAUAAAGCAAAGAGAAAAAGCGUGGCAAAGUAUUGCAGACCGCCUGAAUGCGUAAGUAGUGCACAAUUACACACUCACCGCUCCGCUGAAACAUCACAAUUACAAUUCAAAUAUUUAAUUCACAUCUCCAAAAAUGCAGUUGUACUGUAAUUAUGAAACGGUUAAAUUUUUAAUUGAAAUGCACUGCAGAUAUGAGUGAAAUUGUGUAAAGUAACUCCAUCACACUGUAUAAAGCUAUGAUAAAUUUUUUGAUAUUUUUACUGAAAACAAGACAAAAAUACCAAGUAAUUUUUUGCAGUGUGUGUGUGUGUGUGUGUGUGUGUGUGUGUGUGUGUGUGUAGAUUAAACAUGAACGGGCCAAAACGGACAUGGCAGCUGGUCAAAAUCAAAUACAAGAACAUUCUGCAGAAUGCAGUGAAAAAGAAUACCCACCGACAAGGCACGGGUGGUGGGUCACCAAAGGCUGACCUUACCCCAGCAGAGGACAUGGCCUUGGAGCUAAAUAAAGGCAGGCCCGUCUUAGAGGGGAUCCCUGGGGGGAAAGAGACGAGCAUAGGUUCCUCCCAAGAUGCCACCCGCUUCAUUCAAGUGUCUGGCAGCACUGUGUUCCUGUUAGAGCCACCAGCACAAGCACCAGACGAUGCUGAUCCAGGUGAAGGCCCCAGUGCAGCAGCAACAGCACAUGAUGGAGACGAUGAUGAGGAGGAGACCAUCUCUCUGGAUUCCAGAAGGCAUGAGGACCCAGAUGCUAUACAGUGGGAAAACCAGCCUGGCAACAUAAGCUCACAAGCUAUCAGAAAGUUGUAUGGCAACCACCUCCGGCGCCAAAUAGAACUGGCAGACAUAGACAUUCAGUACAAGAAGAAAAAGAUGGAAAAUCUUGCACUGGAGUCCGAAAUAAAAAAGAGGACAAUUAGGAAACUGGACCUUGAAAUAAAAAAACUUGAGAGGGAGCUCCAAGAAGAUGACACAGCUCAAAAUAAAAAUUAGGUAUAUUCUCGUAAAGUCAAGUGAGCCAUGACAUAUGAGCUCUUAUUGUGAGCACACAGGACGGUGGCAUCUUUCUAAGGUUUUUUUAUUUUCCCAGCAAUCAGUACAACCAAGUCAUCGUUAAAAGCCAUCACCCUCUUUUGCCCACCCCCCCAGCACCAAGUGUGGCCACUAGCCUAUAUGAAGGCCCAAAAUUGUGUGUUCCUUUCUGCUCUGACAAUGGCAUGCCCAUUCGUGCGAGAUGUGGUGGAUGAAGAAGCACUUGUGCUGAGGAGAGCCUUCAGACGAGAAAGGGUCUUCAGGGACCGGUUGGACCCACUGGCCUUCCCUGAUGACCAUCUAUAUGAAAGAUACAGGUUUUCUGCAGAUGGCAUCAGGUAUCUAUGCAGACUACUGGGUCCCAGGAUUAAGCACCGCACUGCACGGAGCCAUGCACUGAGUGUGGAGCAAAUGGUUUGUGUGGCCUUGCGCUUUUUGCUAGUGGAGCCUUCCUGUACUCAGUGGGGGAUGCAGAACAGCUGAACAAGGCCACAAUUUGCCGCACAAUAAGGAGUGUGUGUCUGGCUAUCAAAGCAUUAGCAGAUGUC